UUGAAAUCUGCAACCUCUCCUCGUGAAGAAGACUAUUCUGAGAUUCGCACUGUCUUGCUUUUUUCAUGUUGAUUAUGUAAAUUUUAAAUACAUACACAAUCUUAAUUCUAAAGCAAUGCAGCUUUAGCUUAUAUGAGGGCUAUUGCUUUUGAUAACGCACAUUAAUUUAGUGUUUGACAAGUAUUCAUCUGGAAACUCCAUGUCAUUCAAUUCACGUUUCUUCUCCAUUUUCCAAUUUCUACAGUUUCUGCCAACUUCCAGUGUGUACACACACUAUAUCAAUCUAUUGCGUGCUUACAUUAACUUGUGUCUGUUUUUUUUUAGAUAAAAUAUUUAUUAUCCUUAAAAAAAUAGGAAUUGGAACCGUACGAGACUUGGUCGUUAAGGGUCUAUUUGAAGUCGGCGCACCGCCCGAAAGUUUUGUUCGUUUAUAGAAAAAAGCUGUCUUUCUCCGUCAUAGCUGUUUUUUGGUUCACGCGAUAGCCCUUUUGCAUAGAGGACAGGAAAGUUAAGUUGGUGCUGUUGUUUUGUGAGUUUGAUUGAUUAAAAACUGCUUUGAUGGGGAAUAGGAGCUCAAGUAGCCCUAGGGAUGAUGAAAGCUCGAGACAAUCCUCCAUGAAUCAUUCUAAUUCUGCAUCCGGGUGGCAGCACGAUUACGCCCAAUCAUCAUAUUCGCAGUACGCGCAGAAUUAUCCUACGCAGCAUCCUUAUCCAGCUCCAGCAGGAUAUCCACCUCAAAACCCGUAUUAUGCUCCUCCUCAGGAUUAUGGGAGUCAAUAUAACGAGGUUGCAUCCCGGCCUCAAAAGAAAUUUGACAGGAGGUAUUCGAGAAUUGCAGACAAUUAUAGGUCGUUGGACGAGGUUACAGAAGCACUAGCACGUGCUGGUCUCGAGUCUUCCAACCUCAUCGUAGGAAUUGAUUUCACCAAGAGCAAUGAAUGGACAGGCAAGAGGUCAUGCAAUGGUAGAAGCUUACAUCACAUUGGGAAUGGCCUGAAUCCGUAUGAGCAAGCAAUAUCCAUUAUUGGGAAGACUUUGGCAGCUUUUGAUGAUGAUAACUUGAUCCCUUGUUUUGGAUUUGGCGAUGCAUCAACUCACGAUCAGGACGUAUUCAGUUUCUAUCCUGAUGACAAAUUUUGCAAUGGGUUUGAGGAAGUCUUGAGCCGAUACAGAGAAAUUGUUCCCAAACUUAAACUAGCAGGUCCAACAUCUUUUGCACCAAUAAUCGAAAUGGCUAUGACUAUUGUCGAGCAAAGUGGAGGCCAGUAUCACGUGCUACUGAUUAUUGCCGAUGGACAGGUAACCAGAAGUGUUGAUACUGAAAACGGGCAGUUAAGCUCGCAGGAGAGAAAAACUGUUGAAGCAAUCGUUGAAGCUAGGCAAUUUCCUUUAUCUAUUAUUUUGGUCGGUGUUGGAGAUGGCCCUUGGGACAUGAUGAGGGAAUUUGACGACAAUAUUCCUUCUCGCGACUUUGAUAACUUCCAGUUUGUCAAUUUUACGGAGAUCAUGUCCAAAAACGCGCACCAAUCUAGGAAAGAGACAGAGUUUGCUCUUGCAGCAUUAAUGGAAAUUCCUUCACAGUAUAAAGCUACCAUGGAGCUUAAUUUGCUAGGUGGACGAAAAGGAAAUGCUUCAGAUCGUGUGGCUCUUCCACCUCCAGUCCACAAUGCUUCUGGUUUUGGUUCGGCUUUAAAGCCCUCACGUGCAAAAAGCUUUCAGUACAGCUCGACUUCAUACCAAAACCAAAAACCCUCUGCCAAUUUGGCCCCUUCUAAUCCGAGCUCCACUUACGAACAUCAGAUUUGUCCCAUUUGCCUUACUAAUCCUAAGGACAUGGCUUUUGGUUGUGGUCACCAGACGUGCUGCGAUUGUGGCCAAUCUCUCCAGAUGUGUCCAAUUUGCCGCAGUCUAAUCGAGACCCGAAUAAAGCUAUAUUAAUUUGUCCGUACACAUUUUGGAAAAUCGGCUUCUUCAUCAAGUUCUUGGUAGCUGCCCUGGGUUUCUUCGACGAAUUUGAUGGGAGUGUACAUAUGAGAGUGUUGCCUUUUCAUGUACAUAAGUUAAUUUUUAUUAUUAAUUUGAUUAUGCCCCAUGCCAUCAUUUACACUUGAAAGUUGAAACUCUUCUUUCAGACAAUAACUACUACUAUGCCAACUUGUCCUUAUCUAUUCCUGAAUGAAUUAUUUUCCUUUCAUGUGGCAUGCUCAUUAGAGGGUGGGCCCCUUUUCACCAAAAAAUAGUUGCCUAUCAAUAAAUGCACCACAGCUCUGUGUCCCGUCAAAGCAUUUUCUCCCUUUAUCAAUUUAGAAGAUUUAACUUAUUAAUUUAGCUGAUACCUGAUACCAGAUAUAAUUAGUUGCUUUGAUUAAUGGAUUUAAUUAUGAUUUGCCAAAAAUGAAUUUAAU